ACCAUUAAUAUGAAGCUCACAUUGUCUCUGGUCCCAUCUUCCUUCAGUCAACAAUCCAUCCAACGCACACAAACUUCAAACCCUAAUCAUCCGUUCCUCAAACUCCGAUCACCGGAUGAGAUUUCCGGCGCCCGGAAACAUCCCCAACAAUUGCCCCCCAUACCAUCCACUAAUUUACUAUAAUUAACAUGGAUCAUUCAUCGGAGACCGGGAGGAAAAUCAAACCCCAUGGCCUAUUGUUGAGUUGUUCAUUUGCGCUUCUAUUCUUUCCCAUGUCAUUAACAUUUACGCUGGUGGUGGUCGCAGUUUUCGUCGGGGACCUAUCGAUUUCGAGCCCGAUUUCUGUUCCAUCCCAGUGCAAGAUCGUAUCCAGUAGUGUGGAUCUUAGGUCAUCUAAGGUCUGUGAACUUGGAUUACUGAAUUAUAAAGCCAAGCACGUGUUUUACCCUUCUGAAAGAAAGAAACUUAGAUGUCGGUAUGAUUACUAUUGGGCUUCUGUAUUCAAGGUUGAAUAUAUAGAUCAUUCAGGUCAGGUGCAUAUUUCAUUUGCAGAGGCUCCAAAUGAGGCCCUUCCUUCUGAUUGUAGGCCUAGUUUUGGUAUUGCAUGGCUGAUCAAAGAUAACUUUAAGGUGAAUGAAACUUAUGAUUGCUGGUAUACAUUGGGUCUUUCUAAAGUGGACGUAUAUCGUGAUAGUUUUUUCAAUUGCCAAGCAAAAGAUCCAUCUUUGUUUGAGAUGCUCCGACGAUAUACCAUUUUGUCCACAAGGAUAUCAAUGUCCUGGUUUACUACUGGAGCAAGAGCAAGGCAUUGGAGGUGGGAGGCAUUACUUGGAGUUGUCACUGGUUUUUCAACUUCCUUGAUCUCCAUUAGUGUUUUGACACUUCUAAGGCAUGUCAAGUCUUUGCAUCUAAUGAAUGCCAUGAGGAUACUCUCUCACUUAAAGCGAACUUGUUUCGUUGUUGUGUAUUUCUCUUUUGUGGGUUGGCUGGCCAUUCAGUAUGGGAAGAGGCUUGGCCACCGGGAGAUAUUUACAAUAAACUAAAUAGAGGGUAGAACUCAUUUUUGCCAAGGUGCUAGCUCCCCGAAGGCCUGGAUUCUGCAACUUCAGAAUUUCAGUGAAGAGAAUAUAAAAUCCUUCUGAUAAUAGAAACUGUUUCUGAAUAGGUGGCCUCAUGUAUCUUUUUGUACAGAUGUGGUCAAUUAAGUUAAGAAAGUGUUAUGUACAUGUACUUGAGGAAAUAGAAAUGCAGCAAUUUGAUGAAUAAUCCAAAGUAUUUACAAAGAUAUGGGCCUCUAGAUUCUAGAAAGCAGGUUGUACUUGAGAGGUUUUGGCUUUAUUGUCAUUUAUGUACCUACUGCUGUAUAAACUUGUCUUGUCAAUAGAUUUGGGAGGGUCCUUCCCACAAUGAACCAGAAAGAGCUAACUGACAAAUUUUACACGUAUUUAAGGAAAGUUCAUUUCUUGUACAUCAAAAUGAUAAAACAUC